CCAGGCUGAGGGACCCUCCCCUCCCGUGCACAAAUUUCAUGCACUGAGCCUCUAGUCUAUAUAUAAAAUUUGGAUAAUGGUAUCCAUUUUGCAGGACUAUUAAUAAUGAGUGAGGUUGGUCGUAUAGCAGGAAACUAUUAUUUCUCAUCUUUGUGCUCCCACUGCUUUUAGUACAGUGAUUUGCAUAUUUUAACUGGGUAUGUAAGCAUUUACUGGAAUGAGGCGAACUGUUGACCUAAGUCUGCUCUAGAUGGUCUUGCGCUUAAUGUAUUCUAAUUGCAAUGUUUCUGUUUACAUUUUUUAUGCUAUGGAAGGCUUUCAAGUCAAGGAGGGAGCCUGUUGGGUAGGAGACUGGGGGAUUUUCCAACCCAUACAAUAUACUUUAGGUUCUACAUGGGCUUGGUGUAGUGCCUACAAUCAUUAUUAUUUAUAAGUCAGUUCCUUUACAGAUCUAAGUGCUGAGACCAGCUCCCAGGCAUCUUCAUGUCAACUUCUUUCUAUAAUUAUUACAUGGCCUCCUUUGUGGAAGUUUUUAUGUGUGCAUUCAACAUCACUUAAUCUAAGAUAGCUAUUGUCCUGGAACUUUUGAUCUGUCAAUUUCUUCAAGGAAAGCCAUCCUGGCUAGAUUUUAAUCUCUUUGAAUUGUGGCCUCAGCUAUGAAAGUCUUAGCUGAGGUUUUAAUGGGCAAGAUUUAAGUAAAUUUAACAGAUAUACCAGUGGGUGUUCCAAUUACACACUCCAUUAAAGGGCUUUAUGUGAGGAUUAAAAAACAUACUAUUAAAAAAUAGUCCAAGUGCAGUACAAUUUACCAGCGGGAAAGAUUGCAGGGCCCUGGAAAAGAUUCAUAUAAAAAAAGAAGCUAGGAAAAUGAAAAGGCACAGCAUUCAACACACUCCAGAGGAAGCGUGGCAUUCUUUGGCUCUUAGCUCUCGGACAGAAUGGAGCCAAUACCAAAACUUCUAGCUGGACUUAUUUUGUUGACAUUGUGUGUGGUGAGCUGCUCCAGCCAGCACUGGUCCUACGGAUUGCGCCCUGGAGGAAAAAGAAAUGCAGAAAAUUUGAUUGACUCAUUCCAAGAGAAUCACAUUCUUUUACUUCAGAGAGCCGAAGAGGUUGAUCAGCUAGCAGAACCUCAACACUUCGAAUGCACCCUUCACCAGCCACCUUCUGCCCUCAGGGAGCUGAAAGGAGCGCUGGAAAGUCUGAUUGAAGAGGAAACUGGGCAGAAGAAGAUUUAAAUCCACUGGUCCAAAAGGAAUGACAACACAAGUAUAAUUCUAACUUUGAAAUCUGUGACCCAUUUAAUAUCUGUAAAUUGUGUGAAUUUCAGAAAUUCUUAUGCCAAGGUGCAUGUAUUUCAUAAUGAAGUAGUGUAAAUAAAGUGGCAUAAAUGUUAA